UUUAACUCAGCUUUCAUUCAGUAGAUUCAGGCUGUAAAUCAUCCUCAUCUUGAACAUUAUACAUGAUGAAACAGACAAAGCAUCUUUGAAACUGGAUGCAUGUUUCAAAAAUGUUUUUGAAAUAUCUUGUAUUUAUUUAUUAUUUUGUAAAUAUUAGGGUAGUUCAUGUUAUCAUAAAUAUUACCCUGAUGGAAAAAAAUCAAAUAAAAAAAUAAAACAAAACAAAACACUGGUAAUAAAUGUUAUAUUUACAUACAAUCAGUGGCAGCAGAUGUUACCAGCUGUAUCUCAGAUAAUCAGUCUGAAAAGUGUAAAUCAUUAUUAAAAUAUGUUUUUAUAUUUUAUAUGAGUAUUACAAUGACACCCAUUAAAUUCAGUGGAAUACAUCUUAAAAUAUCCCAGCAGAGAAUUUAAACACUUGCUUCAAGUAUCCCUUGGAAACACUGAGUUGUUUGACUCAAAGGGAUCUCCAAAAAUUCAGGCUGUUGCUGCAGUUAACCUGCUUCAAGAAGGAACUGCCACAAAUAGAGAGAGAGUACACAGAAACAAAACACAAACUAGUGGAUCAGAUGGUGGAUAAACUUGGUCAUCAGUCUGUGGAGGUGACCAUGGACGUUUUAACAGACAUGAACAGGACUGAUCUGGUGCUGAGGCUGGCAGAGCUCAGCAAAGAACAAGAACCUAAAAGAAGAUUGAAACUUGAGCAGGACUCCAGUGAUUGGACUAAACUUGAACCUGAGGUGAACAGUACAGAUGCAGACGAGGCUCCAACUUACAGCCUUCAGUCUGCAGCAGGACACUUUGAAUGCAGAGUCUCGGGCUUGCGCUGGGUCUGUAAGGGAAAGACCAGCUUUCAGUACCAGUUUCGAUCUUGGGAGGGACACAUGGAGAGGAUGGAGAGCAGACAAUACAUGCCUGCAGGUCCUCUGAUGGACGUCACAGUCACUGCUGGGAAGUUAAAUGAAGUUCACCUGCCACACUGGAUCUGCAUCGAUGACAUCCCUGACAUAUUGGACAUGUUUGCAGUCGUUCACAUAGAUGACUGUGGAGAUGUUGUGGAAAAAGUGUCUGAGGUCACACCAACACAUGUCAAGUUAACUGAACCAAAUUUCUCGAUAAUAGCGGCUCUGAUACGUUUCAUAUUUCCUCCAAAAAUCAGCUGUUACAUGUUGAUGUACUAUAAACCCAACACAUCAUUCCUCAAACUCCAUGUCUACCUGAUACGACAGGAUCCUGCUCUGGAACAGAGAUUUGACGACAGAGAAUCCUGUGAGGGAUUUAAAAAAAUCCGAAAGCAUCAUCCAGACACGUACCUGCAAACUGAGCGUCUUUUCAGUCUCAGAGCCGACAACGCAAGUGCAAAGAUCCAACCGAAGGCGUUAACCCUCAGAUACAAUAACCAAAACCUCUAUGAGCUGUACAUUAAGAAUCCAGGCAGUGAACUCAUACUUACACUCCUGCACACUGAACCACUUGUUGGUGAACCUGAUGACCCACUUUGGAUCUGUGAAAUUCGAAAAGAAGAUGACCAUCCAGAGUCUGGUUAUGUCAAAGAGAAACACUCUGUGGAUGAAGAUCUCUCUGCACAGAUGCAGAAAACAUUAACAGUCCACUCAGACAGAGAGAAGCUUUUGGGGAUGUUGGAAGAUCUGAAAAAGGACGAGCUUGAAAAGUUCAAGUGGUUCCUGCGGACCGUGAUGUUUUGGUGGAGCUCCAACCCAUCCCAGAGAGCCGACUGGAGAAGACCAGCACCUGUAACCUGGUGGAUCUGAUGUUGCAGACCUACACAGAAAAGUCUGUGGAGGUGACCAAGAAGGUUUUGAAGAAAAUCACGUCAAGUCUACAAAAAGAAAACCACUUUGUGGAUAAACACAGAGUGGAGCUGAUCCAGAGAGUGAGCAACAUCGAGCCGAUUCUGGAUGAGCUCCUGAAAGAAAAAGUUAUUCAGCAGGAAAGUUAUGACAGAAUCAGAGCUCUGCAGACCUCUCAGGAAAAGAUGAGGGAACUCUACAGCGGUCCCCUGAAAGCUGGCAGUGCCUCCAAAGAUGUCUUCUACCAAAUCCUUCAGACACACGAGAGACUCCUUGUUAAUGACCUCUGCUGAAAGAACGUUUGCUGAAAUCCAUUUUGUGUUCUACAGUUAAAGUAUUUACAAAAGGGAAAUGCUGACAUUAUGUCUCUGUGUUUCUGAUAUAAACAUAAGAAAUAUCUGACUCUUUGUUUUAUGCUUAAAUAUGAUAGUGGGCGGAUUUAUAACACUGGUUAUAAUUUGGACCUGGUGACAUCAUACAGGCUGAAUAUGAACGUUUACUCUGUUGUUAAUAAUUACAGGUGCUGGUUGCUGUACAUGAAUCCUGAAAACAGGAAAGAAAUGAUGAGACUGGGAGACGUGUCGCAGCUGAGCUUUCAUCCCACUUCACACUUUGUCUUUUGCAUAUUUAAUAUUUUCAAAUCUUCCUCACAAAUUCAAAUAAAAAAAUCAUAAUAUUCGUCCAUCUAAAAGUUUUAUAGACAGUAUAAUGAGUCAGAAUUGAAAUAAAAUGUCUUUCUAUAA